UUUGAUGAUUGGAUCACCUCAAUCCUACUACCUUGAUGAUGGUGGUCCAUCAUCCAUUAUUUCACCAACAGAAGAUGGUCAGAGUCUGUUUAGUGUUAUCAUGGAUGAUGGAUCGUUACAGAAAAGAAGGAUAUCUUUAUCUUCCGAAUAUUCAAGACAAAAUACUCUUGCAGGGUCAGAGCAUGUUCCUUUGCUUGAAGAUUAUGACGACGAUAGCGAUUCUGAUGUCGAAAUCACAUUAGGAAAUCAUCCUCGCUAUGAUAAAUCGUUUUAUUUAUAUUUUGAUCGUAUAAAAGAGUUGACGCUUACUCCUAACCAAAAGAAUAUUAUCAAAUGUGCCCUUUCAUAUUUUCUCGCAUCAUUAUUCACAUUUGUCCCUUUUCUGGUUGAUACUUUUGGACUUCGAGAACUACAAAUUUCUCAUCUUGUGGGGGCUGUGGUAGUAUUUUUCAACCCCGCAAAAACUCUGGGUGGAAUGUAUGAAGCCGUAUUAUUUGCAAUUCUCGGAGGAAUAUAUGGCAUGCUGGUUGGCUAUGGAAGCAUGAUAACGGCCAAUUUUCUUUAUAAUAACGAUAUGCCCAAUUUAGAUCAUAUUUCAACUGUAAUUUUUUGGUGUGGAGGAAGCAUGUUCAUCGUUGCUUUUAGUAGAGCAAAGUUAAACAAACCGACAUUCAAUAGCGCCUGCUCACUUGCAAAUAUAAUAAUAUUUGUCACCUUAACUAGGGAGGGCGCUCAGCAUGGGGUAGAGGUUACGACAAGACUUAUACAGGUCACAAAAAUAAUCAUUAUUGGAAUAUGCAUCAGUUUUUUGGUAUCGGUGUUAGUGUGGCCUGUGAGUGCCAGCAAAAAAUUGAGGAAAGAAAUUGCCGAUACUCUUGGUUCAUUCCGUCUAUUAUUGGUGCUUCUCACAAAAACAUUCUUGAUCGACGAUAUUCGUUACACUGAUAAAUCAGUACAGUCAGCAAUUGCUUCACAUCGCGCAACUUUUACUUCACUUCAAGAUUCCUUAAAGCAAGCAGCUCUCGAAAUUCACAAUGGAAAUAUGCAAAGUCAACUUAGACUAUAUAGAGAAGUCAUUAACAGUUUAACUAGAUUGGCACAACAUUUGGGUGGUUUAAGAAGUUGCUGUGGACUCCAGUGGGAAAUAAUUAAAGAAGAAGAGAACAAAGAACUGAAUAAAAAUGCUGCAGAACCAAGUCGAAGGUUGAGUACUGAUGAUGCUUACGAAGAACUCAGAAAUUAUAGGGUCUUAAUCGAAUUCAUUAAUCAUAUCGGACCUCCGAUGAAAGCACUCGCUUACACUUGCAAACGAACAUUAUUAAAUCUACAAAAUCAAUUUACACAGCAAAAUACUUAUCACGGGACAGCAACCUCAUUCACACUUCUUCAUCAAAAUCUCCAAGCUGCACUUAAAUUAUUUGGAGAAUCUCAGUCACGUGCACUAAAUAAACUGUACAAGGAGAAGUCAAUUGACGGUCGACCCAACGAAGAAAUAUUUCUCAUAUAUUUCUUUGUAUUUAGUUUACAGGAGUUCACUAAAGAACUAACAGAUCUUGUUGAUUUGGUGGCAAUGAUAUCAAAAAUAGACGAAACAGAGCAAGCGAGAAAAGAGAAGAGGAAAUGGUGGCAAUUUUGGCUUUUCUUUAGUUGCUUCACACGUGGAAAUGGCAUUAAAAUUAACAAAGAUUACUUUGAGAAAUUGAAGCACAAAUUUCCCGAGCACACACAUAAUCUUUUUGACACUAUUCACACACCAAAGCCUAAAACUUUUUGGCAAAAUAUUACGAUGAAUAUAUGGAAAUCUCUUUCUUG